CUAGAUCCCCCGUCAUCCCAUCGCGCGUUAUUUUCAGGUAAGUCCGACCGAUCUCAGUGGGCUCGGGUCCGGCUUGCGUUAACGUCUCUCCACCUAAAGCUCCGCAUUCGUGGCAGGAUCGCAGCACGUGCGAGCUUAUCGGACGUUGCAGCGGCGGUUGUAAAUAAACAAAACGAAGGACUAUUGUUGUUUGGUACGUUGUUGUACAGUUUCGCCGUUUCGGAUUUUGCGAAGCGAGAGUGAAAGUGUACUGAGUGUCUGCGAAGGACGUUGUUUUCGUGGAUUUGUAUUUGGGGGAAAUUGAUUGGUUGUUGUGCUUGGAUGAACUUGGACUCAUUAGGAGGUUUCAUACUGAAGUUCAAGUAGUUGAAAACGCUUAAUCGCCGGUCUAUUGCCAAAUAAGCGACUAGGAUGUUGCCAUGAGUGACCAGGAAGAGCCAAGUCUCCAGUCUCGUUCCCAGCUGCCCUCAGGGGGCCGUCGUUCGGUCUGUUCACGUCCCCCUUCCCAUCUACUCUCAGACUGUCCAACUGAGCAAGAGGAAUCGUCUACCAUUGGACAGCAGAGAUCUGUUUCGCUGAGCACUCUUCAGCCUGGUGUGAUACAACCUAGAAUGGCCCAACUGGAAACACUAGAAGCGAAGAUGGCCAGCAUAGAAGUUUCCCUUUCAAGUACCCCCAGAAGAAAGAAGAAUGGAAGUAUAGGAGGCUUCAGUCUCGGGUCGUCGAUACGUUCUAUUCCAAAAGAAAUCGCCACCAAAGAACUGGACAACUUACGAAAUGCCCUAAGAGACAAAGAAAAUAUCAUACAAACACUUAAGGGACAAUUGACAAUACCUGGCAUAAGACUGCUUAAUAUUAAAAAUGGGGGAUCGACGAAUUCAGUUGGAAGCAGAGAAUUGACUGACGUGGAGAAAAAGCAAGCAGAAGAAAGGCUGAAUAGAUUGAAAAUAGAUGUAGAUAAUAAGAAACUGGCAAUAAAAAAUCUCAAGAUGGCUUUAGAAAGAUUAGAUAUAACAGAUAACAUCGACGUUCGAAUACAACAAGCCGAACUCGAGUACCAACUUGGGCGUGAAGAACUGAACCUACUCACCCUCUUGGAAGAGACCAGAACCCUCCAAUUGUGCUUAGACGAAUCAAAUAAAGUCAACAACACAAUGAAUACGCUCUUCAGCUGUGUGCAUGAAAAAGGUAACGUAAGUCUGAUUGGUAUCGAGGUGGAGUUCGAUCCGAAAAGUCCGAAGUUUGGAGCUGGUGAAAAAGAGCAGGGUGGACUUUGGAUUGAUUGGGCCUUGGAGGAGACUGGACUGUGUAGGGAUGAUAGAAUCAUCGAGGUGAACGGAAAAAUAGUAUUGACAAAAACGAGAGACGAUCUGGCUCGUCUUCUAGCUGCGGCUCCGGAUCCGGCACAGAUGGUUGUUCUCAGGAAGAUGGAGAACAACACCUCCUCGACGAAGACGUCCAUCGAUUACAAAAAAGAAGUGACUGUCUUGAGAACGGAGCUGGAUACUGUUAAAGAGAGGGCUGAAGAAGCUCAAAAAGCCAAAGAUGGCCUUAGAUCUGAUAAUUUAAGGCUGACACACAGGAUUUCCUACUUGGAAGAGCAGGUAUCGGAGCUUCUGAGCAGGAAGAGUUCUGAUUCCGAUAUAAGGAUAGUGACGCGAAGUCCAAUAGUCUCAACUGUAAAAAGCAGCCAAAACAUCACCAACAUCAAUAUAUCCCACCAAUCAGGCCCCUCAUCUCCAAGUGGAAGCAGUAGUUCCAAGGAUAUCCAGGUGUUCCAAAAAGGACCACAAGUGACAGCUUUGGUAUCCAAUCUCCCCGGCCUUGAAACCUGCAAAGACAACCACACCUCCUUACCAGUCAGAUCGAAGAGUAGUUUAUCCAACGUUUCGAAUUCCCAUCAUUCAUCUUCAGGACAUCCUGUAUCAGAUAAUCACAGCUGUCACAAGACUCAUCGGCACAAACAUAAAAGUAGAAAUGGGAUGUGCAGUUCGGGGAGCACUCAGACUUUAGACCAAACAAACGACAAAAUCACCUACAGGAAACAUUCGCAUCAUCAUCACCAUUACAGGGAGAAGGAUUAUAGUUCAGAGACUAAUUCAGCAAUCGAGCAGAUCUCUAGAUACAACAAGAAGAACCUGGAGAAUGGUCAUAAACAGUCUGAGAGGGAAUCCGCUCAGAAUGGGAAUAAUAUCAUGGAUCAGAGUUACCACAAGGCUACAAAAAUUGUUCACGAUUUAACUAGAAGAAGUGAUAUUAGUAACUACGAGAAGCACAGGCAGAAAUGCUUGAUGGCUUCAGAAAAAUACAAUGGGGAUAUAUUGAAGCAUUACAACUCUAGGAAAUCUACUUCUGUGUUGGACUUUCGCUCGGAAAUACACAUCGGGCCGAAGUACACCGACUGUAAGAGCACAGAGGAGUUGAAUGGCAACGAUAGUGACUGUAAUUUCAGACAGAGGAUUCAAAAUUCGCAAAGUAUGAAAUCGUUGGAUUUCGACAGUGACUGCAACUCCACCAAACUGACCAAUGGUAAACUGUCAUCGUGUAGUAAAUCCAUAGACUACACUUCUGAACCGCUGGAUAACAACAAGAAAUCCAUGAGCUGUUAUACUGAGCAGCAGAAACGACCUAUGCCGCCUAAGAAACCCCUGAGGCUAUCUUUGCACAAAGCGCAAAGUCUGCAAUCGGUGGAUACCGGGCCUAAUGAUUCUUCAAAUAGAGAAUCCAGGAAAUCAGUGAAACGGACUUACAAGGGGGACAUGUCCUCCCAUAAGGUGCAUAAUAAUAAUUCGUUAAAAUGGAAUUUGGGACAGAAUCAGAGGAUUGUAGAAAAUGGUAUUGAGAUGACGGGCAGCUGGUGCUAGGCUCGUUCUAGUGUAAUUUAAAAUAGAAGAUUAUUUGUGUACAAAUUAUUUCUUAAGAGUUUUAUUUAUGUAUAUUUUUUUCGAAAUAUAUUUCUAGAAUUCUAUACACCCAA